AGCCUUAAGGGGUAACUCUACCCUGGAGACAGAGUUACCUCUUAAUUGUCCUUUUUUUACAUUGAUUGUUGCCUAUUUGUAAAUGUUGUGACCUUUGAUUUAUUAUUGGAGCAUCUGUAACUCUGUUUAAUUAGAUCUUUUGAUCUUAACGAUGAAUCAAACUAAUAAAAAAAUCACAGAAAUAUUUAAAGCCGGUGAGUUUUUUUUUUUUUCUUCCACAAAUUGUUUUAUGAGAAUCUCGACAGUAAAUUUUGGUUCGGCAGGUUUGUGAAACUCUAAUUUGGGGCUCUGGAGGUCAGAGCGCUGAAUCUUGUUCGGUGGAUUUAUGGUCUCAUUUGUGUAAAACGAUGAGCUAUAAAUAAGGUAAUUAAAAAAGACUGAGGAGAUCUUUAGGUGGAUGACUGAAGGAGACAUUUUCUCUCUGUGUUAGUGUUUGAUUGACUAAUGAAUCAAAUAUAAUAAUAAACAUGUAAACUGUAAAUACACUGUAAUUCUCAAUAGUUUUGGUCUUAAUUAGGUUUCUUGGUGGGUUACUGAUCACGCGCGACACACAGUGCAGUCGGGUACGCGUGCGUGUACGUGCGUCAACGAGGGAUAAGAGAGGUGAAGCAUCGCAGGAGGUGUCAGGCUCACCAUGCAGGGCUGUCAGCUUCUCCUCAGCGCCUCAGACCCGGAGGACCUCCGCCGCUCAUGUUCCUGCUCAGAGGCUCAGUAAGCGGACCAUGCGGCUCUUCAGCGUCUCCACUCUGCUCCUCUUCUUCUCCAGCUCAGGUACGGACACACAGCCUUCACGUCUUAACACUGCACGGGGAUUAAAAAAAGAAAAACAAGUCUUUAUUGGCCGCUUGAGCGAAAAACUUCCAGAGCAGCGUGUUUUUGGCUGUGAGGGUGUGAUACGCAGCGCGCAAAGCUUGGAGAGUCCGCGUUAACCAGCCGCCGUCUCACUUCAGAGAUAAGUUUUUAUCGCUUAUUUUACUCGAGCAAUGAUAAAGGAAACGCAACAUGUGGAUCUUCGUGUAUCAGAUCUUUAAUGGGGCUCUUUUGACAUUCAGAAAGCUGGUUUUGGCUCUGCGCUUUGGUGCGUCUUAAACGAUCCAGGUAGGUCCUCAUAAAGACAGCUGAUCCACGAGACUGAGCGCAGUCUGACUCUGGAUCGUGACAUUUUCCUCUGAUAAUGACCCUUUUUGUCCCGUGUAGUAGUCUGCAGUGAUCUGUGACUGUGUAGAGAGGCGGUUUGACAUGUUCUGGUAACACUGGCAUCUUCUUUAUCGGUCUUGUUCUGCGGAGAUGGACGAUUUCUCGAUCGGCGCCACUAAAAUGCUGCAUUUGAACGAAAACGGAGGAGUAUAUCUUACCACCUAAUGAAAGUAAAUUGUUGUAUGGUUGAAUAAACAAACAAAUAGCCAUGUUUAAGAGACACUUGAGCAAAUCCUGGUGUUAAAUUUCUCUCUUGAAUAAAUUUCCAUAACUUCCUCCCACUUACCAAGCCUGGAAACUCAAAUGAAGUGUUAUUGUCUGCUGUUAUCUGCUUUUCUGUACAUUUAGUAGAUUCUCACUGACUGCGUAAUCUCGUUCUUUCAGGGGACAACAGCCCGUUUAAGUCUGUAACAGAUUCUGCUUCUAAUUUGCACUGAUAUGAAACAUAUGACGCACAGUUUACGCACAGUUUUCUCUGCAUCAGGUUACCGGUUCACCAGGAUUUAUGUGACUUGUUUAUGUCUAUCUGGUAAGUGUUUUCAUGUUUAAAACCAGCUCAACAAAAGCUGUUUGAGGUUCUGUGCAAACACUAAACUCUGAGUCUAAAUGCUAAUCCGAAUCCACUUAAUCUGAUCACGUAUCAAUAAAUGUUUCCAGCAGGCUGACUGCAAGAUCCUGUUUGCAAAUUUGGAGAAACCAGCAACAGUUUGAGGUAGACCGAUUAUCAGCCUCGGCCAAAUAGCGAGGUCAAUAUUCAGCGUUUAGCUGAUUAUAUGGACCGAUGUUUUAUUUUGCAGACAGCUGAUAAAUGAAUUCAUUAAAAAUGCUCUUUGGCUUCUGCUGCAGGUGGUUUUCACUCUCCUCUCUGCCUCACCUAAAGCCCCGCCCCCAUUAUCUGAUUGGCUAGACGUCAAUACUUUAAGUGUAUCUGGUUAACUGUUUACUCCUGUUUAAGAUUUUUAAAGUUUCACUUUUAAAUGAACUUUUGCUUUGCUGUCCUGAAAUGUGACACGUGUUUAUGUUGCGUGUACAAGAUAUUCAUAUUGUGCAUGCAAGACUAGGCUAUAGCUUGUGCACACAUUAUAAUGAUCUUGUACUUUCAGCUUGUUUGCACAUGAGCAUGUCAAAUAUUUACAGUAAAUGAUGAAUUUGACUUCUGAAAGUUUGCAGAGUGAGCGAAUUUCAUAAAACGCCAAAAUCGGCACAAACUAAGACUACGUUCACACUGCAGGUUAUGAUGCACGAUUCAGAUUUUUUGUUUUUUUGUCAACAACGAAUACAGCAUCUAAUGUGAAUGGAAUGCGUCCGUGAAGUGACCCACAUGCGCACAAAGCGCCUGUUUGUGUUGUCGAACAAUGGUGACGUUUGUCACAUAUUGAUGAUGUAUAGGUCGGAUGAACUCGACCUGAGCGUCCACACUGCGGUCACAUCGGAUACAUAUCGACAUACAAAAGAGGCCUGGGUCAGAUUUGAAAAAAAUCAGAAUUGACCUGUCCACACUUACAUGAAAAAAUCAGAUAUGUGUCAGGAACAGUUAAAAAAUCUGAAUUGACCUGCAGUGUGAACACAACCUAAAAGUCCCUCACAGGAGCUUUAAUAGAUUCACAGACCGGUAGUACUUCUGCUUUAGUGAAUAUAAGAGAUGUAACUGUACUUUUACUUCAGGAGAUUAUUUUAGCACUGUUUUCGACUCUGCUAGCUGUAGCAUGUGAUGCUCAUGCACAUAUUUUGACCAAUCAGAGCGCUUUGACGCACUUUUAUGGGGCUGCUCAUCGAGUGUUGGUGUGCGACACUAAAGGCUUUUCCUUUGGGAGAAGAGUUUGAUGAAAACGAAGGAACCGAGGACAAGUUUCUUUUUUGUCAGAUCUACUGAAGGCCGUCAGAGCCCGGUGCACAAACAAUGAACUUUAAAUGCUGUUAUUGAGGAACAUCUCACAGAGUUUUCACUCAAAAGUAGAAUAUUUGUAAUGUUCCUGCAGCCUGAGUAAAAUGAAGGGCCUGAAUUAUACUUCAGGGUUUCCCCAAAGUUAACAAAAAGCUCUAAAUCUGAAUUAAUUCAGAGUUUAGAGCGACUGAAAGUAAAGAAAGUUCACCCAAAUUUGAAGAAGCCUUUCACACGACGGAAUAAAAUUUCAAGACAUGAUGAAAUGUUGCAACAACAUGCUGCUGAAAUAAACCGGCAACUCAAAUGUGCCUAAAUAAUUGAAGAAGUCUGUCACAUCAAUUUGAAACGGUCAAAAGUGAGAAUAUUCACCAAACUGAGAGUCACUUAAAGAGGAAACUUUCUCUGUGAUUAAUAUGUAAAUGGAAAAUGAGCAAUAGUGGGAGUGUUGUGGACUGAUAAAGAUGGUGGAUGUUAAAUGAGUGUGUGUGUUUGUGUGUGUGUGUGUUGCAGGGCUGGCUCUGCAGAUUCAGUGUUACCAGUGUGAGGAGAUGACACACGACUGCUCCACACCGGACUUCAUCGUGAACUGCACCGUGAACGUGCAGGACAUGUGCCAGACGGAGGUCCUGGUGAAGGAUGACGGUGAGUCUGUCCAUCCUUUUUUCUCUCCAGCUGUUUCUGGACUUUCAGAUUAUUGCAGCGAAAAACAGACAAACAGAAAAACAGCAUUAUCAUGUGUGUGCGAGAUAAAAGUUUGGUUGUGUUCAAGACGAUUGAAGAUCAAGAUGAAAGUUAUCACCUCUGCAGAAGGAGGGGGAGGUGAUAGACGUACAGUACAGGUCUUGUUUAAGGUUAAUACGAUUUAUCCACAAUAAUAUCAGAGAUUUAGAUGAUGGUAGUAGAGAUUAAAAGACUCAAAUUUGAUCAUAAAAAGUGAUUUACCAGAUCAUGAUAACUUUAAUCAGCUUGUAUUUAUUGAUCGAUUUUAAGUGGGAGUCAAAACCUGCAGUAAAAAUGACUAAACCGAUGUCUGAGUGAAUCCAGUCCUACACAAUCUAGAUCCACAUGAUUGUAUCUCGUUGCUCAGACUUCUUUGUUUCCCAAAUUCAUGAAAUAUUGUCGUAUUUCUCAGCAAAAAUCCACCUUGAAAAGAAGCCGAGGAAGCCAUUUAUAUGACUGACUAGUCUGGAGUGUUACACAAAGACCACAUAAAGAGAGAGAGCUCUGCAGCCUCUCAGCCGGCAGCCAGGCUCUCUGCUGUGAUCUGGUCUGAGGUCAGCUGUGAAAGGCCUUUCAGUGCUUCAUAACUAUCAUCAGAGGAAGGGAGUCAGGGUCGCUGUUUGAAGUCAUGCAAACUUUUCUAUUUCCAGUCAGGGUUGUUUUUUUUACCACAACUUUUGAAGAAGCGAACGGUCAGUGUGUUUAUAUGAACACCUACAGAAGGUGCAGUUAAAGCUGGACUGGGCAAUUUUACAGGGUUAAGCCGAAAAUAGACAGGAUCCGUACUGAGCGUGUUCUGCAUUUGCUUCGUAGAGUAGCAUUUGGUAUCGCAUACAGGAUGCGUAUUUGGAGCGUAGCAGCAGCGUAGUGCAGCUCCAGUCAGCUGGGCUCAGUAUAGACGAGACAACAUGCUCACAACAGGUUGUUUUUCUUUUCUGUGGUCUAUUUCCUGAUAAUUUGGAUAUAAUUCAGUGACUGUUGAGCCUCUACUAUAUGUGAAAGAGUAAUGUGAUUUUACAGUUUGGAUUUUUGCAGGUUCACUCAUGUUUAGUAAAGUAAACUCUGUUUCUUUAUGCUGUUACCCUCAGACAGAGUUAGCAGUUCAAAGUCCUGUUGGGUCCACAUGGAUCAGGGAUUGACCAUCAGAUUUUUCUGUGUUACUGAUAAAUCCAGAACCAGGAAGUAUUUCUCAUCUACAUGAACUGAUACACAGUUGGGAGUUCACAUAUGGUGUUUUAUUUUGAAAUAUCGGAUGACAUUUGUGGUUUUGUGCUUGACUUCCUGUCUGGAACGAUCUUCUCUGUGUGGAUUGACUCAUAUUGGAUGCGUAGAGCAGCAAAAAUCGACUUGUCGCGUCUCUUUAGCAGACCCGCGCUCGAUACGCUUCUAAUACGGAGCUAAGACAGAGCUGAGAUGCGUCUUGUAUACGAUGCUGCAUUAAUUAGAAUGUAAACCUAUUUGCUGCUUGAUACACGACACUGACUUUACACGCUCAUUACGGAUCUCGUAUGUUUUAGCGUUUACUCUCUUUGUUCAGAUUUACAACAAUUGACAAGCGCAUGUUAGCCUCUGAUACAGUAGGUGGUGACAUUUCCCCAAUCCCCACAUCAUAUAGUGAAACAUUGGGCUAAAGCAUAAGUAAGUGACUAACAGGAUGUGCGUCAGGAUACGCGUCAGUCCUUUCCUCUUGUGUCCAUGUUUUGAUGGCGACCCUGUUCCUUAGCAACGCAUUCAUUUAUCCUCUUAUUGGGGGUCAAAGCUGAACGUAUGCACCAUGCACAGAGUCUAAUGGAAGCGUAUAGGUGGAGGAGGGAAUUGAUCGCUCACUGCAUUAGCGAGGUAUUUUAGUCUGGCUAUCAGAGGUUUGAUUUCAGAGGGACUAAUGUGUUUUUAAAAGUCUAGUUUUAGUCAGACUAAUGGCCUUCGAAAGACACCGUCCCUUUCAGCCAAAGAUGGAUGAAAGAUGUGAGACAGCCGCUGAUAGAGACACCUUAGAUUGGCUGCAACAACAGACUUAUUACAUAAAGAGGAAUCAAGAUGUGAGCACAGAUGAGCAAACGCCACAUAUAACCAGUUUUCAUCUUCAUUUUUCCACUUUACGUGGGUGUAGUCGAAAGUUUUGCACUUUCACUUGUGCACACCUGAAGACUUGCCCCCGAGUGUGUGAGCCGACUUUUAAGUAGCGGUUAUUCGCCCUCUUUGUUUGGGGUUUUCAUCGUAACGCUGCCUCUUUAGUGAUGAAUAAUGUGCGUCUGCUGUGUUUACAGGCCUAUUUGCUGCAGCUUGUUAGAAACCCAGACAAUAAAGGUCACAUUUACGCCCCAGGUCUACUUCGUUUUCACACCCGGCAAAAACCAAGGGUCAUUUUUCCCCCCGUCUUUACUGCUGAUGAGAAAAAGCAAUAAGCUGCUGUCUUUGGGAAAGCACUUCCCAAUCUAAAGGGCAGGCGCACGGCUCUAUAGAGUCGACAGCUCUUUAAUAAGAAAAUUUCCGCAUGAAUGCUCGUGUACAUCCCAGCCUUUAUCUCUGAGUGUUAUCAUUAUUGCUGCUCCGCAAGAAAAAGAGGGCUUAGAAACUCAACUGACCGCACCUUAUCGCUUUUUGAAAUGCAAUAGAUAUAUUCAAAACUGCAUCGCCACCUUGGUGCACGGGCUAAAGUGAGAGGAAUAAAAAUCAGGGGGGCGGUUUGAGUCUGCCUAAGUAUUCUCCCCCUGUAGGUGUCUCUGAAGGCGGUGACUUUGCAUGCACCACUUCAACGUAGAUAAAGGACAAAGAGGUGCUAACAUACCUUUUCAAUCAGUCGACUGCCUCCAAGUUGAGUCCCUGUAUCUGGAGGGCGUUUCUAUCAAUCUUCAUCAGCACUGCAACAAUGAUCCUGACUCAGAAAGAGGCUGCCUGCCAGACCUUCAAGGUAUUACUCAAGAGUGAAAAUCCUCCGUCAAAUCACCAGGACCCUAUUCAGAUGACGGCCAUUUUUCUUCUUUUCUUCCAAGCCUCCUCUCCGAGCCAAUCCUCCAUAACCAUCAUCACGGUUCCCCUCUGAUUGUGCUUUGAGGAAAAGUGCACUUUUACCUUGUAGAGGACAGUUGAAGGAGUGUGACUGUCAUGUUUCAGCGCGCCAAAAUCAAUUUCACUGUUCUCUGCACUUAGGGAGAAAAGAUAGAUGAGAAACUGACCGAACUGCAACUUUCUGUGGUCAGUUUCUGAGUAAAAGUGACAAAUUUAUGAGACAGUGCAGCGUGAUGCAAUAACUGAGCGUUAACCGUGGAGUCAAAAGGCCCGUUUGAGACGCUAGCAUGAUGUUACCAAGACAGGAGGGCGCUCAGCAUGAAAUAAAUAAUGAAGUAGUAACAGAUCACAGUCAAACGGUGCAGAAGAGAACAAAAGUUAGACAUUUGGUCGUAAAGACUGGAGCAUCUGAUAAAGGUAGGGUAGUCAGGAUCUGAGGAAGUUCCAGUUUUAAGGAGAAAUCUUGAAUGUAAACUCUACCCCUCCAAACCAGUUUUCCCCUCAACUCCUCCUCUUCCCAGACGCUCCUGCUCCAGAAAGCCCCGCCCACAAACAGACGCUCCUGCUCGCUCGUAUCGUUCCAAUUAAAUUCAGAUAUAAUGUAGAUAAAUAUUUCAGAUCAUUACAAAUGGGGCCCAGUCAACAUGAAAGUCAAAAGCAUUGGUGCUACUGUAGAUGCCAACAGACUACCAGCAAACACAAUGUUUGCAGGACUUCUACAACUAGGAUAAAGUGACAUAGUCCAGGACCCGAGGGAGGACAGUUUAGCGAUGGCGCUACAACACGCUACAGCAGGUCCGUUUGACAAGAAACACUUCUGUUACAGACACUUGUCUUACUUUGUUAAAGCGGUUUACCUGUCCAGCAGAAAGGUUACAGGGUCACCAAGAUCCCCAAGCGUCCCCCAUCGUUUAUGUUGACCCGGCUUUUUAGCUCUUGUCCGAUCUACCUCCAUUUUGGGCGUCCAGAGUCUCUGGUAUCUUAAGUAUCUUAUUUGACGACUCCAACUGGUGUUCUCAAGACAGAAUGAGUCAAACAUAUAGAUUAGAAUUAUAAUAUUUUUCAUCAGGACUUUUAUCGUUAUCACCAGAAUGGCAAAUCUUAUCAUGAUAAAUUCUUUAGCCUAUAUUGCCCAUCCCUACUGUUAACACACAAACUCUUGAAGCUGCCACAGGCUGAUCUUACCUCUGUCGAUCUAUGUUUGUUCAUUUGGGAAACUUGUGACUUGUACUUUAAAACAAAACAAAAUCCUCUUAGUGGAAAAAACUUCUUUUUACUGCCGGCUGAUUUUCAGACAGUCCUGCCAGCUGUUGUGGACAUAAGUUGUUCUUUGUGACAGAAAUAUUAAAAGUGCCCCGGCCUGGAGUUGAUGACCGGUCUCAGUCUCAGCCACAAACUGAACAGCGGUCUUUAACUGAGGGUUCAAGGUUAUCAGAAAGCAGUGGAUUAAAAACAGCCUGUUUUUGUUUACAACAGUUCGAUAAAACACUAAGAUAAAUAACCAACUGAAAUCAGAAUUCAAGCCUCUACAAGAACAGGAACUAAAAAAUAAACACAGUGGAUAGUAUUUGGUAGAGAGUGUGUGUGUCCUCUGAAUCUCCCUGAAUCAAAUUCAGUUAAGACGGGUCUCAGACAGUCAAAGACUGAAAUAGCAGACCAGUGCAGUCGGACUAUGUUACAUAAAAACAGCACAGCUGGAGUCCUGCUGCUGCUGCUGCUCUGCACCGUCUAACCGCAGAGAGCAGAAAGCAGCGUCUGCACUCGUGUCCGGGAUUUCACGGCUUAUCUAAAUUAGCUUUUGUAAUUGACAAAAGUUAAUUUACUGUAUCAGGUCAAAGGAAAUGAGGACGGGGUUUGUCUCAGCAGUUAACAUUCAUUUGGAUAAAUACAUGGACUGUUGCAGAGGCCUGUUUCUGUGAGUCAGAUAACUGUAUGAAGUUGUUAAAGGUGUUUACAAAAUCAAACUUUUUAGUUUUUUGGUAUAAUUUAAGAAGUUUUAAGCAUUUUAAGCUUUUACUGUGAAAUCUUAAUAACAAACAUGACCUCAGAGUGCAACAUGGGACAGCAAAGAAGCAGAAAAGACGUUUGUUCAGAACAAAAUAGGGCUGGGCGAUAUGGCUUCAAAUCAAUUUCACGAUUUAUUGAUCAGUUCACCUCAAUAAUGAAAAAUUGGACGAUAACUACUCCACAAGCUGCUCACCCCCUCCCACAUUAACCUCGUCUACUUCAGCCGCUACAACUUUUGAACCGUCCUCCAAAUCCUCAUCUGUCUUUCCAGCGUCUUAAAGGGACAUGAGACCAUAGCCUACCUACACACAUCUAAAACCAACUUUUAUUUAUUUAUUUUUUUGACACUGAAUAUACCGAUAUGGGCAAAAUGACAUAGGUUAUUCUCAUAAAUUUUGGUAUCAGUAAAUUUUUGGUUUAUCGCCCAGCCCUACAACAAAACCAACAUCUUUAUCCACAGGGGGCGCCAAAGUCAACACAAAAAGAUCCUCACAAGCUUUAAAAUCAUGUCAGACGUACCUGUGUGACCAAAGUCCAUUUGACCGGUCUGGAGCUGCUGAUCAGGUCUUCCUAAAUCCUCGAGUCCUCCUCUUCACACCAAACAAAGCUGAAACUUCUAAAUCAGACAUGCUGCUUGAAAAGUGGGUCAGAAACAGAAACCGCCUCUCUCUCUUCACGCUAAGGUUUAUUUUCAUUUCAGUCUCAGUAUUAUCCUGAAGUGUCCUGUUUUGGCCUCUCCUCCUUCGGUAUUCACAGGUUGAUUUUGGACUCUUAAAUCAGUCUCAGUAUUCAUUAAACUCAGGUUUUAUCACUUAAAUUAUCUAAAGUGUCGUUAUCCCUCCGGACCAUUUAUCUGGACGACAUCUUUAUGUUACUCAUAUAACCACGACCAUCUAUUUUCACUGCUUUGUCAGGUUUGAUUUAGACUGAUAGUAAACCCUGCAGAGACGACUGAUACAAAUCACACAUACAGUAAAUAUCACUCCUUAUCAUUGCCGUCAACUUUCUGCUUCUGCUGAGGACGGUGCUGCUAACAGUGUUUUUAUUUAACAGUGUAAUAAAUGAGAAAUGCACGCUACAAAAGCUGCUUUGUUCUCUAAUAGAAACCAAGUGGUCGUGUUGUUUUUAAAGUAGCUGCAAAUAUAAAAGCAGCAGCGACUGCCUGGUGUGUUUUAUGACAUUUUUUUAAUAAGAAUAGAAAGUCCUUCAGACGUUUUGACACAUUAGUCUACAAACUCUGCGCAGCUGACCAGCUGAGCCUCAUUAGACCGAACUGUCAGCGCUCGGAUCUUUGAAGGAUGUUUUACCCCAGCGUGAAGUGGUCCGUUAUGUAAAACAAACAAAGAGGAUCAGCUUAAUGUACUUCAAGGAAAUGUGACAAUGUCUACCUGAAUUUUUCAUGAUUUUACCUGCUGUGAUCUGAAACUCAGACGUUAUAAAACGAUUUACCAGACUUGAAGUAGUUCUUCAUCAUAAUACCGUUAGAAUAACUUUUCUUCACCCGCCUCAUCAGCUUUGAUCACAUCAGCGUCCACUCUGUCCUCAGACAUCUGGAUUUGGUGAUGAAGGUCCUCAUACAGACUAAUUAGACACCACCCGCCUCAUCUUCAGCACAGGAACACCCUGUUCCUUCGAUUCUACAUCCUCCUCCUUUUCUGUCUGUGACAAAGACAGCUCCUAAAGACACAUCAUGACGAGAUCAUUUAAUUAAAGAACUCAUCCAGGUCUCAAAAAAGUGAGCUGCACCUGAACAAAACAGAGAGAGAUGGAGGUUUUCUGUUUUAAAGACUCACCCUGAUGAAAAUCUAGUUUUUCUUCAUAUGGCAUUUUUCUGAUGCUACAGGACAUAUCAUGAGAAAACUAAUGGCAAAAUUGCAUUUCUAAGUAUUACUUUAUUAAAAAUGCUGUGAAUCUCUAGCAGACCCAAACGGCAGACUCAGACACAGUGAGAUUUCCUAUGUCACAAAUCCAAACUCCGCCCCCAAAGCGCCGCUAUGCAGGCCAGACUUGGAGAAAUAGAGAGGAUGAGUGUGUUAGAGGGUUGUAAUGCUCGUAAGAAAGUUGAUUAUGAUAUUAACUUUCAUCAUGUCCCCAAAGACAUUGGUGUCUCAGAGCUGAAUAGCUCCUAUGUUACCUGCUAUUUCUGCUACACUGGCAAUGUUAGGCUGCAAGCAAAAAUGAAGAGGAGUGUGCAGAGCAGCGCUGUCUCUGCCCACAACUCAGAGGCAAAUUGCUAAUGAGCUACUGGAGCUCUGCAGAAGAAAAGACCUUGAAAAUGACACAUGUAUCGGGAUUUUGGCUUAAAACUUCAUAAUCACAAUUUAAAGACCACUGAGAACACUUUAAGUAAUAAAAACGGUCAGAGUGGGACUUAAAAGAUGCAAGCAGCUGCUUCACUGUGAAGCUCAAAAAUAACUGCAGUUUAUCUGUUAUUUAUCAGAGUUAAUGAACCAAACACUUUGGACUUUCACCGUUAACCUGCAGUCUGCAGACAGAAAGAGUUAAUGUUACUCACCUACUUUCACAUUCUGGACACAAACAAGUAACAAAAAAUGUAUGAACCUCCAAUGACGGUUGUUUCCAGAGGCAGUUUGUGUUCUUGGUUCCUGUCUGUCCAUCUGUGUCAACGUUGUAAACAAGAUCUCUCAGGUAAACCUCUGAGAAAUUUAGGACGAGUGUUUUUAGACUCUCGUUGGAUUUUGGUGGCAAAAGAUCUCUGAGGUUUUGUCCACGACUAAAAACAAUCCCUGACCCGGGACGUAUUUUUAACGUAUUAUUUUUCUGUUCUUUUAAUUACCUAUUAAAAGCAUCUUUAAUUUUGUUGGCGGCACUUUCGCGAACAGUUAAUUCUGUCAGAUGCAUAAAUGCUUUGUGGGAAUUAAAAGCCUUAACACAGAUUUCUUCCAAGGAUUUCAUCUGCAUUAUGAUUUAACAGAAUAAUUGAAUUCUGAAGUUGCCAAAACUAUUUAGGUGAACAGACUGGGAGGAGCUGCGUAACAGACGUGUUUAUCUAAAGAUUUCUCUAAUCCUUUUAAUUAUUUUGUAUUCCUUUAAGUUUACAGACAGAUGGUUCAAUAGGGAAAGUUAUUGACCUCAAUCUGCUGCAGCCUCGCCUCAUAUUUAUUCCUCUUCAAAGUUUGUUUUAGAAAUCCCGGCUUUUAGACGAGAUGGAAGACAAAGAAAGACGACGAGAUUGUCGGGCUGCAGGAUUCUGACUCCAUGUUGGUUUAAAGGAGAACCGUGUGCCCUGGUUAUCUGUGAGAGGAGAGGAAAGUAAGAGUCUGACAUCACACAGAAUGUACAUAAUAUAAAUGAUGAUUGUAUUAUUUUUAAAAAAAGUCCACUUACUCUGUUGUAGUUUCAGUGAUGUUGACCCAGUGUAAAACUUUCAGUCGUCCUAAAACACGAAACAAACUCUAAAUCUGACAAUCUUCAAAACUAACAAGUUUUUAAAAGUUUGAGGAGAGAAAAAUGAGCGGGAAAAAACAAUAUCCUUUUUGGCUCCUUGCUGUGAAUAGACUGUGUGAUGAUGACUGAUCAACUCGACUGCGGUGGCAUCUACCCAAACCUUUCAAUGAGAAGUCUUACUGUAUAGUCGCAGCGGACACUUUGCAUGAAUUCACCACCAGCUCCUCAUAAAUAGGGAUAUUCUUCAGAAGUAGGUCAAGACUGUGAUGGUUAUUUGUCAUUUUGCUUUUUGCUGAGUUGCUGCAUUUAAUUGGUCGCCAUUCAAUUAAUGAAACUAUCUCUUAAAAACGUUCCUUUUCUAGACGCCACGCUAACCAAGAAGCAGCAUGUGAUCAUUAAACCCAGGAGAAAAAAAAGAGUUUAUGCAAUACUAACGUUAAACUGACUCUUUGCUUCAUCCCCGUACUCUUUCAUUAAAGGCUUGAAAGGCUAAAGUAUAAUCCUAAAGAACAAAUAUGAUGAAAUACAAAGUAUUUUAGCAGGUUUAAAGUUCAAACUGAGUCUCAAGGCAGAGGUAUGGACGAGUAUUCAGAAGCUGAAGAGUGGUGGAUCUUUGCUGUGGUUGUGCGUGAUAAUAAACGGUUCAUGUGAUUAUUGGUUAGUGACUGUUUGAGGUGAGAAAAGCCCCCAAAUCUGUGUCAGUGACACCUCAGCGUUUUACUGCACCUCAUUUUCUGCUGACUGCCCGACCUAUCAGCUGAUGUUUCUUCUCUAGAACGUCACAUCUGUAUUGUUUUACUGAGGGGAUAUUUCUAUAGAGUCCUCGCCAUCAUGUGAUCAGCUGAUUUACCGGUCACUUCUAAAAUUAGAGGUCUAAAUUCAGCCUGAGUCCGGUUUUAAUCCCCCAGACGGGACAUUUCCCUCCAGAUCUCUGCAGCUCUUCACACCAUGUUUCUCCAGGAUUACUCAGCACCUUCUGGGACCUUCUCUGCUCUUUGCCGUCUGAGGACACGCUAGGAUGCACAAUUUAAAUGAGCAUACAGCUCCGUGGGUGUUACUGAGCCGGUAUCCGUUGCACACCGUCGGAUACAGAGAGGAGUCGCACCUUACGAGGGUUACUGAAAGUUCAUGAACUCACGUCUGAAUUAUUUUGAAGUGAAAUGUCAGCCAAAUGUUACGGACUCCCAGAGCCGAUCCUGCAAACAACUCUGACACGUUCAGGGAGCUGUGUGUACAGGUUACCUUCAGGGUCAAAAAAGUUCAGAUUUUAAAGAUUAAGUCCACAUUUAGGAUGAAAAAUCUUAAUUUUCACUUAUAUAACUGUCUGCAUGUGUAAUUUAACCCUCUAUAUCCUGUUGGCGUCAGCAUCUGUGGAUUUUCUGACACAUCUGGGAUUAAAACUAAUAAUUUCAGUUUGUUUUUGUCACUUUUCCUCCGUACUUUAAGCUGCAGUAGCUGUUUUAAAAUCCUGCCGAGGUUUGAAGGGUAAACUGGUCACAGCUGAGGGUCUCCAAUAAAUUCCCUCUUUCUAUCAAAACCUCAUUGUGUGUCGUGAGUUAAAGCUGCCUGGUGGAGAUAAGUCAACUAUUGUGCGAUGGUUUCUUUUUAGAGGGGCUUUGACCGUCACUCUUAAUGGACUUUUUCAGUAUUUUGGGGGAUUUUUCUUUCACUGAGCAGCACAGACGUGUCACUUUUAUUUUUGCACUGACUGACCGUGAAUAGGACCGAGCCGGGCUGGUGUCAAAGAGACGAAACUUUGUUAUAAACUCAGAAAAACAGAGCCUUAAGUUUCUGAAGUUGAUGCCCGAUUCAGCCUCUAAUUUCCUCCCUUUGUCUCUUUCCUUCAGGGACACACUACCGGAAGUCCUGUGCGUCCUCAGGAGCCUGUCUCAUCGCCUCCUCUGGUUACCAGCAGUUCUGCACCGGAAAGCUCAACUCUGUGUGCAUCACCUGCUGCAACACACCGCUCUGCAACGGGCCCCGCCAGAAGAAACCAAAAUCAUGUGCGGCAGCUGUCACCCUGGGCGCGCUGUGGCUGCACGCGUCUGUCCUCCUGUCCUCUGUCCUCUGCUGACAGGCCUUAAAAAACUGAGAAACACGUGAAGAAGAAGUUUCGACGUCUUCGAAGAUGGACUAACACGAUAGGAAAAUAUUUUGCCUUGAAAACUGGAGACUCAGAGAUGAAUACUCUUUAAAGCUUGUGGAAAGUUUGUACAGUAUUUGUCCUCGACUCCCUGGAUUACCGUCGAUAAGGACUUCAAUCAUUACACAUCUCUUUUCUCAAACAUGGUCGCUGCGGAGCUACAGGAGCCGCCGAGUAAGGGGACGUGGAGGACGGGGUCAAACAGCUCCUGGCUGUUUCUGCUGAGCAGCAGAUGGCUCAUCUGUCUUUGUUUACUCACACCACAAGGACGAGUAAAGACAUUUUUUACACACCGUCAAAAGAAAUAAAUGUCACCUGUAACAAAUGUCCAUUUUGCUGAAACUGUAAUAGAAAAGAGACCAUGUGUGAUGAGUUUGACGAUGAUGAUGAUGGGUGUUAAAGUGCAGAGAAGAAAAAAAGUAUCUGAUCAGUAAACCAGCAUGUUCUCAAUCCUGAUAUUGACGAAAAAAAGCAGAAAAAAGCCUCAAGUUUUUAGCGUGGAGCUUCUCUGUGGACGCCUUCGACUACUUUGUUGUUUUAAUGUGAUGUUUUGGUGAAAAAGUGAGAAGAUUGGCGCUCAAGCCCACGAUUGCUGUGACUGUUUGUUACAUAAGUGAAUCAGUCGGUUUGUGCAUUUCAUUACUAACAUGAUUACACAUUUAAACCAAAA